CAUGAGCUCCCUACUGUCAGUAUCGGGGAUCUCCGCCUCUUCCUGUGUUCCUAUAGAAAACUUAGCCGAGCUCGUGUGUGGCUGCAUGCUACCUAGCAGGUUAUGCCUGUUAUAGGUAACUCCUAGUGGAAGGCGGGAAGCGGUGUCAGAGGAGAUGGCUGGAGCCAUGGGUACAAUGUAUUUACAAAAUGACUUUAGAAGCAAGAAAAGAGAAGUCUUUGAAGAUAUACUAGAGGAGCGCCGGCAGUCCAGUGAUCUAUGUUAUGCUAUGAAAUGUUACACACCAGUGAUCUACAAGAAUCUUACCCCUUGUAAGCCAAGUGCCAUAAAAUCUAUUGUCUUGGCAUCCAGUCAGCUGCAAUAUGUUAUCAAACAGAUAUCUUUGGAAUCUGGCGAGUCUUCUGAAAUUAUCCAAGAGCAGGCUGCUGAAAUCCUUGAUGAAAUGGCUCACAAUUUACAUAUGGGAGCCAUAAGACUGUUUGCCAUGAGCUUGAGCAAGAUCUUUAAACGGCUUUUCCAGAAAGUGUGUGUGAAUGAAGAAGGUAUACAUAGACUUACUCAAGCUAUUCAGGAACAUCCUGUUGUCCUCUUGCCCAGCCAUCGGAGCUACAUUGACUUUUUGAUGAUGUCCUACAUUUUGUACACAUAUGACUUGGCACUUCCUGUCAUCGCUGCUGGAAUGGACUUCAUGGGAAUGAAAAUUGUUGGAGAACUGUUACGUAUGUCAGGAGCCUUCUUCAUGCGUCGCACGUUCCGAGGGAACAAACUAUACUGGGCAGUAUUUGCAGAAUAUGUAAAGACUAUCUUGCGGAAUGGACAUGCUCCAGUGGAAUUCUUUGUUGAAGGCCAAAGAAGCAGAACGUGCAAGACGUUAAAUCCAAAGCUUGGUCUGCUAAACGUUGCAAUGGAGCCUUUCUUUAAAGGAGAAGUGUUUGACACAUAUCUGGUCCCAGUCAGCAUCAGUUAUGAGAGGAUACUGGAAGAGUCACUCUAUGCACAUGAACUCCUUGGCGUACCCAAACCCAAAGAAUCAACAUCAGGCUUGAUAAAAGCCAGAAAACUACUGAACGACAACUUUGGAAGCAUUCACGUUUACUUCGGACAGCCUAUGUCACUGCGCUCAUUGACGUCAGGAAGAAUAAAUCGUUCACAAUAUAAUCUAAUUCCCAGACAUCUUUCCCAGCGUCCAUCUGAGGCUAUGCUUACAUUCGUCAGGGACAUUGCCCAUCACGUAGAACUGCAUCAAAUAGCCAACAUGGUUCUGAGCCCUGGGGUUUUAAUAGCAACUAUUUUGCUACAAAAUCUGCCAGUCAUUAAUUAUGAUGUUUUAGUUGAAAAGACCCUUUGGCUUAAAGAUUUAACAGAGUCCUUUGGAGGAUGUCUAGAUUGGCCUGAUAACCUACCUUCCAACAGAGUAGUUCGGUCUAGCCUUGAAGUCCAUUCAAACAUUAUAAACAUUGUUGAAGGACAGGUGAUUUUGGUUGAUUAUGAAAAAACUGGUAAUCUAGACAAGGAGAUUGUAUUCAAAAGUGCAGUCUCUGUUCUCAUGUGUGCGUCUUACAGGAAUCAAAUGGUUAAUGUCUGCAUACGUCCUGCUCUGGUGGUUUUGGCUUGUAAGCUCUCGAACAGUUCAUUGAAAGAGGAAAUCUACAAAUCAUUCAAGUUCUUGAGAAGUGUUUUUACCAAAGAGUUCAUUUUCUUUCCUGAUUUUGAAGAGAAGGAUUUUGAAGAAGGCUGCUUCCUGUUGACAAAGUGUGAUAUAAUUCAUCUAACCCCUCUUGAGAUCAUAGUUACAGAGAAAGGUGCUAAUGGAGCAUUGUUUUUAUCAAGAAUGUUCCAACCCUUCCUUGAAGGAUACCAGUUGGCCUGUUUGUACCUUGCAAAGGAAGUGUUUGAGACUUUUACAGAAAAACAGUAUGUGUCUGGAUUGAGAAGUUUUAUUUCUCAACGAAUUGUAGGAGGAGUAACCAAAUGUUAUGAAGCCUUAUCUUCGGAUAUGCAAAAGAACACAUUAUCUUCAUUUGUGCAAGUUGGAAUUGUGAAGGUCAUUAAAUCAGCUACGGAAACAAAUUUCCUUGUAGACCAGAGAUCCAUAAGGGAAACUGCGGAAAACCUUGGAUUGCAAAUGAUCAAAGAAAAACUUCCAACAGCACGACUGUAGAGAGACAAAAAAAACCCCAAUCUAUUAAUACCUGUGAUUUUGGUGAAUAUUUUGGCACCGUUUGACAAGAAAUCCCAUUUAAUAUGGAAUCCGAUCUUAAAAGGAAGAUGCAUGCAAUGCACUUUGCUAUUUCUAAAAUUAGUAUUAAUUUUGUUGUACAUUUUCUAACAGAAAUGCCUUCUCACCCUUGCAAAACAACAGCUUUCUAAUUAACUGCAGAUUGAAACAGAAUCUACUUAAAAAAAGGCCAAAUGACUCACUGAAGAUGAAAACCAUGUUCAAGAACAAACAAGCUGCUACCUGGAAGUAUAUUUGGGAGCCAUUUAAAGGUUGUUACAAUCUAUGUGAAGAUUAACUAGAAGUGGUUCUUAUUAACUGAAAUAAAUACCAAUAAAAAUGCAAUUUUGAUUGCAUUUGUCACAUG